GAGUGGCAUUUUCGAAAUUUCAUGGGGUUUUCAAUAAAAACUCUUUUUAUCACGAGGCUUUCUUCAUCAGAAGAACCCUUUUAUUCCGUCCGCCAAAUCCAACUCAUACUACUAGAUUUCCGCGGCGGCGGCGGAGGCGGUUUGCGCUCUCUUGAACAUAUCUUCGAGAUUCGGCAAUGGCGACUGGAGCAGAACAGCGUCAACUCUCACAGAAGGAGGCCGACAUUCAGAUGAUGUUGGCCGCCGAGGUUCAUCUAGGAACUAAGAACUGCGACUUCCAAAUGGAGCGAUACGUUUUCCAGCGCCGGAAUGAUGGAAUCUACAUUAUUAACUUGGGUAAAACAUGGGAGAAACUUCAGAUGGCUGCUAGAGUUAUUGUCGCUAUUGAGAAUCCUCAAGACAUUAUUGUUCAAUCUGCUAGGCCUUAUGGUCAGAGAGCUGUUUUGAAGUUUGCUCAAUACACUGGUGCUCAUGCAAUUGCUGGGAGGCAUACCCCUGGAACAUUCACCAACCAGCUUCAAACCUCAUUCAAUGAGCCACGUCUUCUGAUAUUGACUGAUCCUCGAACUGAUCAUCAGCCCAUCAAGGAAGCUGCCCUUGGAAACAUUCCUACAAUUGCCUUUUGCGACACUGAUUCGCCAAUGCGGUAUGUUGACAUUGGGAUUCCAGCUAAUAACAAGGGGAAACACAGCAUAGGAUGUCUAUUCUGGCUUCUUGCAAGGAUGGUUUUGCAGAUGCGUGGAACGGUUCGCCCUGGGUACAAAUGGGACGUGAUGGUCGAUUUGUUUUUCUACCGAGAGCCCGAGGAGAUGAAGGAGAAAGAGGAAGAAGAAGCUGUUGCACCACCAGAUUACGGCAUUGCAGAUUUUGGUUCUGCUCCAUUGGCUGUAGAUCAAUGGGUUCCUGAUGCUCAGUGGGAUGCUUCUAAUGUAGCUCCUACUGCUGCCGCUGCUUCAGUUUCUAAUGUUGGGUGGGCACAAGAGCCAGUCGGAGCAGCAGACGGAUGGGGUGUUGCCAUACCACCACCGGCACCUUCACUUGAAGCUGUUGCACCUCCUUCCUCCGAUUGGUAACAAGGGAAGCUUUCCCUCUUACCCACAAUUUUGAUUCAUCGUUAUGAGUUUCGCUUGUUCAUGUAGCAGUCCCACCUAAUUAGUUGGGCAUAAGUAGGCUUAAGCACUCACAGUCGUAAACCAAAAAUGUACUACCACCUUUUUUUUUUCUUUUUUUCUUUUUGAAGACUGAUUUCUGUUUUCUUUCUUCUAGUCCAGUUAGGUUUUAAGAUUGGACGUUUUUUUUUUCCUUCAACGUGGGUAUUUUGGUUUGGUACACUUUUUUAUGAGAAACAAAAAAUUGCUCCAAUCAUUACCAAGACGAAAUACUUUGUUCUACUGAUGGAAUUAUGUAUCAAUAUUGUUUUUGUAGUGGAGAAUCUGUUGCCCUUAUUUCA